AUGAAAGAAGAAAAGGAACUGAGUGAAGAGGAGGAUGAAAUUGAGGCAAGUGAGGAGACAGCAAAACACAAGAACAAACUGAAAGACAUCGGAGUAGCGAUACAAAAAUUACUGAAAAAACAUGACAAUGAUGACGCAUUGGCAAAAGAAGAAAUUCACAAAACGGAGAAGACCAAAAAGAUAGAAAGCACGAAAGAGAAAGCAACUUCAAAGUUGAAACCGAAGAAUGCAUCGAUUGAAGAAAUCACCAAUGCAUUGGUGAAAGCUGCAAGCGCAAACCACAAAGAAAGAAAUAUGACAUUAGAUGCCGAAAGUGGUGAUAAAGAAGACAAACUCUUUCUGAAAGAAGGAGGUGAAGGAGAGAGUUUGACCGGGGAUAAAACUCCAAAGUCAACAGAGAAGGGAGAUAAAAUUCUUGAAAAGUUAGGGCUAAAAUCAAAGAAGAAGGUUUUACCACUAGCAUCUGCAGUCGCAAGAGGAGAAAAGCCUCCAUGCAUCUGUCCAGAUAAAGUUUGCUCCUCCAAACUCGACCUCGCAUUUGCAAUUGACGCUUCAGCAGGCGCAGAGCAAGGAGGCAAAGAGAAGAUGGCGGAAGUAACAGAAUUCGCAAGGAGAGUGGCAUCAGCAUUCAAAGUUGCUCCUGCCGAUUCCCAUUUGGGUUUGAUCACGUUUUCAACUGAUGCUCAGAGAAAGCUUUGCGGAGCUAAAGAUUCUGUACGGGUGAAGCCGCACAGCGGGAAAUUUACAGGACAGGCACUGAAACUAGCCAAAGAAGGACUAUUUGGAGCAGUUCAUAGGCCUGAUGCUUUAGACGUUUUAGUACUGAUAACGGAUGGUCCGUCCUCUGACAAUGUUAUGGCACCAGCACGAUCACUUCGAGAUAUGGGGGUGAAGCUGAUCACAGUUGGCAUUGGCGACCAUAUCAACAAAAGACAAUUGGCCAACAUUGCGUCCGAUCCUGAUGACGACAAUAUGUUUCUAACUGAAUUUGAUAACUUACAGCCAUUGAUCCCAAAAAUUCAAAAAUCGGCAUGCAUUGGUGGAAUAUUGAAAGAGCCUACGACUCCAUGCAGAUGUGAAGAUAAAGCCACGCCAUCAGAUCCCGAGGUCGAGGCAGAAACAGCUGCUUUUUUGUCCCUUUUGUCCAUGAAUGACUUGGAAACGGACAGCGACAUUGGCAAGGCAGAGAGACAUGAUGACAUACCGACCGCGUCUCCUGUUGAUAACUACAAGCUAAUGUUGAAGCGAGGCGGGAUCAUCGCUCCCAUUGUACGGAGCACAACAACAACACCUUCAGCACGCGACAGCCUCUCGGCAAGGGCGUUACCUUUCAACAACCCGCAUCCGGUUGAUUUUGACGGGGAUUCUCAGGGGCAUUCUGGGUACAUUGGCAACAAUCCAAACAACGAGGGCUCGGGCAGACAAAAUAGAUUUCAACAUGCAUAUGAAAAUGACAGGAAUGGAAGGGAGGCUCAGGAAAGAGAUAAUAGCAACAAAGGAGCAUAUUCAACGCCGAAAGUGACGUCAAGCCUCGACUCCACGCAGACAGAUGAACCUGAGUACACUGCACCAGAGCAACCACAAAACAACCAGGCAUUCAACAACAAUGGAGAAGGCAACGGCAACAGCUCUGAAAAACCCAAAGAGAAGCAACAACAAAGUAAAGAAAACGACAAAACUGGGUCGACGUAUGUAGAGGGAAAUACCGGCCAUAACGAAGGUUCACGGUUUGAAAGUGCAGACAAGCAAAACAACGCCAAUGCGAAGGAAAAUGAAAAAGGUGGCUCAGAAUCGCAACAAAAUAGCUUCCAAGGUAAUGACGAGAGACAAAAGCCAGUGCAGGGUAAGUCCCAAAGUUUAGGCCAGUUCGAGAAUUUGGGAGAACAUCAAGAACCGAAUCACCAAGUAACCUCAAACAAGCAAGGAGAGGCAAAUGAAAGCAAAAUGCAGCCAUCUGGAAACAAAGAAACGAACAACGAGGGAAACAGUCAAGAAAGGAAACCUGAUUUGAGCAAGGAGAACUUGAACACACAAGGGAAGCAAGGAAAUAGCUUCAACGAAAACAAAGAAGGGCGACAAGGAACGAUGACAGAGAAAGGGCUGUACGUCAGUGAAGGAAAUACAGGGGAGGGGGAAAAUAGCAAGAAGCCUGAAGAUAAUAAAGAGGCUGCUAUGGGUGGUCAUGGAGAUACGAACCAGUACAAAGGCGGGAACAAUAACAUGAGCGAGCAAAGUUCAAAAUAUCAAGAUAAUGGAAGUAAUGGAAAUGUACAGAAUAACGGGCCUACGCAGGACUCGACACAAAAUCAGCCACAACAGCUUAACAUGAAUUCAGGCUCAGAAAAAGAGGAAAGUCAAGAAAGUAAAAACGAGGAGAGGAAGCAGGACAAUAAAAAUGUGGAUAAAUUUGUACCAAAUGAAGUGCCUUUAAAUGGGAAUUUACAGCAGCAAGGAUCGAAGAGUGACUUAAACAGUACCAACGGUGAUGUGCAAGGAAGCUACAAUGGAGAUGGCAAAAUAUUAGAUCCAAAGAUAAAGGCAGAAAUGUACAAUCAAUACGUUUACAAGCAAGAAGAGCAAAAAAGAGAACAGAAUAGCAGUGCUGGGAAUAACGAGACGCAGAAUUCGAAUGAAAACAGAGACGAGAUGCAAAGAUAUGAAGGCACGCUCUAUAAAGAGAAAAAAGAACGAGCGACUGACAAAAAUGGUAACGUUGUCGAGAAGCAAAAGUAUAAAGGGACGUUAUUUUUAUAUGAUAAAGACAAUGCAGGAGAUGGAAAAGCGAACGAGGAAAAACAAGAGAACAAGGGGAGACAGGAAGAAGGGAACGCUUUUCAGCAACCGACAACAGGACCGAGCCAAGCAGUAAAUGAAAAUGGAGGAAAGAAUCAACAGAGAUUUCAAGGGCAAGAAGAAACGUUAAAGGCAAAUGAAGGGAGAAGUAACGAAGAAAACAGAAAGCAAAACGCCCAAGACAGAUUUCAAGGUGAACACACCGAUGGAAUGAGCAGAAGCAGCCAGGAAAACGAAAGCGAAAACAAGAAUAGCGAGAAAGAUUUUAAUAAGGAACAAAACAGCAACGAAAACAAUGAUAAGAUGCGAAACUCGGACGAUAAGAAAGAGGAAAAAUCUGCAACACAACUCAAGGAAGAUUCAGAGAGAAAUAAUGAUAAUUCGAAGGACAACAGGAAGGAUGAUAAAAAAGAAACGGAAAUGAAAAGCAACAAGGAAAGACAAGGAUACAAGGAAGACAGUCCAAGUAAAAACAACGAAGAUAAGGAAAGUGGGAAACAAAGUGGAAAAAAUUUCAGUGAGGGAAAUGGUCAAGAAAAGAAUGACAAGAGCUCAGAGUUGAAAAAUAUGCAACAAGACCAAGAUGUUUCCACCUUUGGACAUGGACAUGGAGGACACGGUAAAGGAGAACACGGAGAACACGGAGAACACGGACACGGAGAACAUGGGCAUGGAGAACACGGACACGGAGGACACGAGGAACAUGGUGAGCAUGGGCACGAGCCAGGACACAAAUUUGUAGAGGAAGAAAAUCAACGUGCACCGCAACAAAACGAAGCAAAUAAAGAAGACGAUAAGAAGAAAAUUGCGGAUGAAAAUGAAGGGCAAAAAGGAAACAAAGGUUUUCAUUUUGACACGGGAGAAACACACAAAGCAAAGGGGUAUGAGAACAAAGAGGAUACAAGAGAGCCAGCGAGAGGAAUGAAGGAAAAUGAGAGAGAUAAUGAAAGAAAAAUGUCCGAUGAAAAUGCAGGUAAAGGGAAGAAUGAAGAUAAUGAAAAGAACAAUAAGAAAGAAGGUAGCGAAACAUUCAACAGUAAAGAAUCAAGCAGUGAAGAGAAAAAGGAAGAUAAAAAUGAACUGAAAAAUAAUGACAGUGGAAAGUUGAAACAGGCGCAGAAAGAACCGAAAGAAAAGGAUAACGCGAAACAGAAUCAGGGAAUGCAAGAAGAGAGCAGACAGAGUCCUGCAAAGCAGAACAGUAGAUACACAGAGGAAGGAAAGGGGAGUCAAAACAAUAAGGAAGAGCAAGAAAGGUAUAAUGGGAACGACAAAGCAAGUGAUAAAGAAAAGGACAACAACAGUCAGAGAUUUAAUGAAAAAGAUGACAAAAAUGAUGAAAGUAGAAAGGAAAAAAGCAAUGGAAAAUUGUCACAAAAUUUAGAGAAAGCGGAUGGUGAAAAAAAUGGGUUCCGUGAAAAGGGGACGAGCGACAAGCAAGCAUCUAUGAAGGAAAAAGAAGAUUCGCAGAACACGGAAAAUAAAAAUGAGAAAAUGAAAACGUUGGACAGAAUGCAGGAGAAAAUGGACGAUAAGAAGGAAACAUUUAACAAUGAAAAUACAGGGCAAGCAUCGAUUGCUGAUGUACAGGAGAAUGGAUAUGAGACAUUAAAUGAUAUUGUCAAAUAUCCAAGGAAAAAUCUGCGCACAUCAAACACUGGAAACAUCGGAGAAAACAUGCCUCCGAGUCACAAUAUUGGUUUCACACAAGGAUUCAAUGAUGGAAAAAGUGCCGGGCAAGUUACCGGGAAUGGUAAUAGUGGACCGGCUUCACAUAGCGGACCGGACAGUAAUCCGGUCCCAGGAAUAAGCAAUGGACCAGCGCAAAGUAACGGGAUGGCUAACGGAGUGAGAAAAGAGCAGAUAAAUGAAAAAAGUAACAAGAUGCCUUAUGUGGAGAGGAAUGACGGAGACAUUGAAAUCAGCGUGGUAAAAAAAUUUAACAGUGAGCCGAAAGAUUCGAUAAAUGACAUUGAGGGUAUAAGAAAACAGAAGAAAGUCGAAGACGACGACAGCGAUGAAGAAAAAAGUUUCAAGUUUCAGCCAACUGGAAAAAGUGGCAGUCGAAAACAGAGUUCAGGGAGUAACCACGAUACGAAAGGAGCAAAGCUUGGGCCUAAGGGCCCAUCAGCAUGGCACAAGCCACCGCAGCCUCAAAACAACAACCAUCACGAAGGAGUUUCACGAGAUGAGGAAUACAAAAAAGAAGAUGAAAAGAACAAGGGAGCGAAGGGGCCAUCAUCAAUGCACUUGAAUAUGGCGCCAAUGAAGGUAAAACAACCAGAAGACAAAGCAGCCCCAGGGAACAAUACGAAUAAACAAAUUGAAAUCCUGCAGUCGCCGAGCAACGGUAAACAGCAACAACAACAAAUGGAUCCAGAUCAACAACUGCUCAUGAAGGAAUCAGAAAAAGCAGGUCAAGAAUUUGAGCAAGAGAUGAACUCAAAUAACAUGGACACUGACAUGCAGGAUAUGAAUUCAGAUAUGGGGACAGGGGUGGACAGCGGAGGAAUGCGGCGCAAUACAGCAACUAAACGAGGAGGUAGCACGCAUGCGUACCCCACCGCCCCAGUUCGGGAUUUCAUUGGAGCAAACAGUGGUGUGGAGAGUCUGGACGACAAGCAAAUGGUGCAAACCAGGACAAAAAUCCUAAAAGCUGCCUCAAAGCGUGCACCUGUUCGACUCGAUGGAGUGCAGAAAUCAAAGUCCCAAGACAAAAACAAAGGAAUUCUACUGAAAGACCCAUUCUUAGAAUCGUCCCAUUUCUGGCCGCUGGACAACCGAAAGAGCAUUCUCAGCAUAGAUAUCCAAACUGGGCACAAUGCGAUUUUGAUGAACGGCAGCACGAUAGGAAGCGACCCGAAAACUAAACUAGUUUACGCAACGACCGAAUACCCAGGGAGCUACAUUAUCCUUGGUGACUUCAACGGAACAUGUUUCAGUGACCCCGGAAAGUGCAUUUUGGGCGGCCUAACUCUUUCCUUCUGGGUCAACUUGAAAAGAGAAGGAGUCAAAGAUGACCAAGAUGCCUACAUCAUCAGCGGAGGAGGACAGUCGAAAGAGUCACGUGGUUUUGGCUUCUUGUUCUUCCAUGGUCAAUACGUUUUUGUGCUGAGUACGUCAAAUAGGCAGUGGAAAAUGAUCAUUCCGGAAGACAAAGUUCCGACCGGAAAAUGGGUGAAUAUUGUUUUUGCAUGGGAGAAGAGCAAAAGCUUGACUUAUUACCUAGACGGUAAGAAGGUCAUGUCAGUCAAAGGCAGCAGCGCCGAUCGUCCGUCUGAUAAGUAUCCAUUGAUCACGAUAGGAAAACCGAAUAACGCCGAAAGCCGCGAGUACAUGUACCCGUUGAAGAUGCAUUCGGUUGCAAUGUGGGACCGGCCGUUGAAAUCGGACCAAGUCGAGGGAAUAUACGAAGGGCUUAAAGAGGUCCGGCAAAAGAGACGGUUAGAGAAAAGAUUCUUGAUAGCCAGAGCCAAGAGUAAUGACGCAAUCAUCACACUCUUAUGAUUGAAGAUACCAUAUUGCGCACAACAAUAUUCUCGAAAGCAGAUGAUUGCAAGGCGCAAGCAAAUCAUUUUAAUCCAAUUCUGGCUUGGAUUUCAUUUAGACAAGAAACUGUAGUAUAGUGCUAUAUUCUCCCAAAUGCUGAAUCUUAGAAAAAUGACGUAACAGUGAUCCUGUGAAAAAUGCAGAACGCAGAAAACGUUUAAUAAGCUGUCACGCAUUAUUGCGAGUGACUGGCCUGCAUCCAAAAAACACCGAUAUUCAAGUAACUUAAGAUUUGACCAGUUAUAGCAAAAAUUACAGUUAUAUUAGAAUUUUGUCUUAUGAAUAAACGAUGUUUAUUUAAAUAUCAUAUUAUAUAUGUUAAGGAAGGGAUGAUGGAGAAAAGUUCCACAAUGGGCGCUUGAAAUAUAACAGGAAACUCGGUAUUACUAUAACAUUAUAUGUUGAAGAUUCGACAGUAGUUUUAGCGGGACCCAUUUUAAUACAUAAACUAAUGAUAUUUAUAUCGCAUAAUUGCUUUUAUGAUACAGCUAACAAUGUGUACAGUUUUAUAAAGCGAAUCAAUUUGCAAAUUAGUAAUUACAAUAAUA